UUCAAUUUGGUUACGGUUAUACUGUGUAAACGAGGUGCUUGAAUUACCUCCUUUGUGUAAAAGAUAAUCAUGUGUGAUGUCUUCCCACUGUGAUCCGUGGUGUGUCUGGAAAGGAAAUUUAGUUGUUGGUGUCUGUUGCAUUGGUGAGGCUUCCAUCACCUGCCAUGGUCUGCAAUAUGUUCCUCCCAUAGGCUCUCAACUGGCCUUUGACUCGACUGGACGGGCAGAGAAAGUGCUUCAUGUUAUGCUAGGUUUAGACAAGCCUGUUCAGCUGUCACUCAUACAUCCCACUGCUGUGAACAACAACACAGUCACGGUCGCUACGAUUUCUUCAGAAAAUUCUGCCUUCAAAAAACUAUCAAAAGAAUUGUCAUCAACCCUAUUUCCACGUGCAAUUUGCGGGUUUGUGAGGAGUCCUGGAAAUGUCUGCACAGAAGUAGUCAUCCUCCCCUCCUGCGCAACCUCCCUGGCGUUUGGUCUUGUUCCCCCAAAUUCUUCUGGUACUCAGGAUUCCCUUGCCCCUGCUGUCAAAUCCAUUGAUCAUCCAGCAUCUGUGGGUGUUAAUGCAGCGACUCAAGGAUGUGGUGAAGACCUUUUCAUAAUUUUCGUAUCAAGAAUCAAGCCUCUGCUGAUGAUGAGCAAUCUAGUUUCUCUUGCUGAAAUUAUUAAGAAGAAGGCUGAAGAAAAUCGAAUUCAAGACAAACUAUUACUAGAAUCAGGAGCUUCUGAAGAACCACUUGGAGCUAGGAAAUUAUCUACUAAUUGUAAAAAUGAACUUUUGUCCUGUACCCCUGCAAACAAGGUAAAAGUUCAAGAUGCAAAGAUGUCCCGUCAAACUGUUGAUUCAAGCAAGUGCGGUGCGAGUAUCAGACCAUGUUCUAGCAAUUCGCCUGCAACCAAACGUAUUACCACAACCAACUGUGAUAUUCCUAAUGUAAUGAGAGCUAAAAUAUCAUCGGCAGUCUCUAGGCUAACUGAAGAGACAGACAAAACUCCAAUUAUGUCUGCUGUUCAACCAGUUGCUGAUCCAUCUGUUGACGAACAUUCAACUGAGACAUCCAAGAUUGGACAGGAAGUUGAAAAAGUACCUCGGAAGCGAUCUUUAGUCAAUAUGGUUACUAAUAAAAAUUUUUCCCUUGGUUUGUCAUCUGGAAAGAAAUCUGUAACUUCAACUAAUGAAAUGAUAAUUGAAGACGAGAGCCAACCAGAACCUAUUGAUGCAGACCACGCAGUUUCGAAAGGAAUUCACAAUGAAAUCCCAGAUCCUGAUCGCCGGGAAAUAUCUCAUUCCUGUAGACGCGAAAAGCAUUACAAAAAAAGGCAGAAGACGGAUAAGGAACGGCAAGCAAUGGACAUGCUAAAAAGAACUUCUCGCACGAAAAAACAUCGUCACAAAGAGUCUUGUCCUCGGUACCAGAAAACCGUAAUGGAUGCUGAGUUUGUGAUACCAUUUGAAGCAUUGCGGAACUGUUCUAAUAUGCCUGAUAUUGCUCAGCAUAAACUAGAAAAUAACUCGUCAGUUGUCCAGAGAGCCCCCGUUUGCUCCAUGACUUCCGAGAAAGAGACUAGUAGCUGUAUGAAAAAUACGCAGGUUUGUCCUAAAAAACGUGACUCGAAACAAUAUUCAAACUUUGAAAAAGAAAAAUCUAGAUGCACACGUACAACAACCGAGAAGCCAUUCAAAAAUUAUAGUCACCGAGACGCUGUGAUCUCGAAAGGUUCCGAGCCCACCAGAGAUGCUCGUAAAAUUGCGGAAGUUAUUAAAGAUUGCCAUGGAGUAAAGCAGAAAAGCGUGAAUUCACCUCGUACAGGUUCAAAAACUGUGAACAUAAAUGUACCUAGAGUAAAUUUGUUCGAAAAGGGAUCAAAGUCCGAGUGCCGAAAUUUGCCAGUCGAUCCUGCGCCGGAAAGUGGUCCUUUAGAAGACAACAGAGCCGAUGAAAUGCAAGUCAAUACCUCACCGAUUGACAGCAAAAUUUAUCCGUCAAAUAAAUUCCAUCCUGAAUCUGACGAUAGUUUCAAGGUAGAUCAUUCUAUUGGGCCUCGAGAAAGUAGCAAGUCUAAACUUCCAAAGUCCCACCAUGCUGACGUGCUACCAUCAAACAUUGAUAAAGUCCAUGUUCCAAAUCUGCAAGAAUCGUCGAGCAAACUACUCAAGCGGAAUGCCCAACAAAAUAGUGUCCUCGAGAAGAAUAUUAGGUGUAGGUUCAGUGGCCCAGACUCCAACAAGGUAACAUCGGAAGAUCUAACGACUGAUUUGCAAAAACAUGACUCAGAGUGUUUAAAAAGUGCAUCUCCAGACUCGAGUUGGAGUGAACAUGAAAUUCAGUGUUCUGAGGAAAGAAACACUGUCCAAGGUUUGCGGAAACCUAAAAACUUUGAACAUGAAACUUCGAAAUUAAAGAAACGUGGUCAAUCUGAUUCAAAAGAAAUAAGUGUCGACUCAGGAGUGUUGUCGAUUUCGGAUUUGGACUCGGACACCAAAGAACUCUUAUCGGACUUAGAAUCAAACGAAGAAAUCCGCAUGUUGUUAACAACUCUAGCAUUGCAGGAGGCCUUGGAAACUGAGGAGUCAUUGACACGUGCACUCAAGGACAUGAAUAUACCAGACACGGAUAAAGAUAUAUUGACGAGUAAAAUCAAGCGUCUCCUCUCUUUACUCAGUUCUUCCCCAAAAGCCUGUAAUUUAACUCAAUUGAAAACAUCCAGCUUUGUGACCAAUAAAGAUUUUACAAAAUCAGAAACUUCGAUUUCGGAAGAUUGUGCGGCGGUGAUAGAACUUGAAGUUGAUGAGACUGGUAGUGAGAGUUAUUCUGUCAAAAUGCCUAAGUACUCCUCUGAAAAAAUUAAAUAUGCUUCCGAACAAACUCUCAAAGAUGGACUUUCUAAAGUUCGAACAUUAGUCGAUAAAUUUUGCGGAAAACGAAAAGAAGCUACCCCAUCGCUUGUAUCAAGUCCAUUUAAGAAGCUCAAAUCGGAGCUAAAAUCAGACUUGAAAGUGCCAUAUGUUUUAGUAGAAGAUCUCAAUGCAAACGUCAGUACGUACGAAGCAUUGGACAUUACUGCGGGAGCUGCGAACUUGAGCCAUGCAGAACCCUGCUCAUUUUCUUCUGUAAGUGACACUGUGAGUCGGAGUGAGCCUGCAUCUGCCAUCAUUAACCGUAGAUCGUUUUCCAUCGAGCUGCCUCUCGAAGAGAAUCGAAAUAACUCUCCUGACUUUGAAAACCAAAACGAGCCUCUCGAUUUGUCUGUGAGGAAUGAAGACGUUUCUGUUAAUCAUGUUGGGAAUUCUUACUCGGAAUUUGACUUGGAGUAUCCAAGCGGUGGUCAUCAUUUAGAGUUCCCUCAUGAUGGAUUUGUUUCUUCUGUAACUGUAGGUAUGACGAAGGAACCCAACUCUUUCGCUGACACUUUUUUUGAGUGCUCGAACCCACCAAGCAUUCUUCGAGAUUCCAGCCUUUCAGCAAGCCUCCUUCCAGAUAUUUCAGCAGCUAAAAAACUUGAGCAAUCGAGCACUUCAAUAGGAAAUAUAACGUCAUCCGCUCUCGGUCGUUCGGUGCUUGAUACUUCAAACGCGUGCAUGGCACUUCAGUCUCCUGAAUCUGAAACUCAUCCGAGUAUUAGCCAAACACACACAAGUUGCAUCAAUGCUGAUUCGAUGGCUUCUGCGUCAGUCAAUUUGAGGAAGGAAGUUCCAGCUAGUGCGGCUCAGGGUGAACAGUGUAGCACGAAUAAUUCAUUUCAUGGUGCCCAAUACAAUGCAUUACCAAGUAGCUCUAUGUCUACCGCGACGUCAGGAGGCAUUCAACAAAACGGGGAAGGCUUCUCGGUCUCGAGCUUAAUCUCGUGCAUGAGGUCUUUAGACCGAAAAAUUUUGGAUGAGCACGCUGCACUGCUGAGAAACGAUGCUUCUGUUAGAGAUGGACUAAAUUACUUGACCUCGCUGCUGCGCGCACAGGACCUAAAAGCAUCUGGGAAUUCUUGCCCUAACACAACUAAAGUUAAUUCUUACAUUGAGGACCAGUUACUGAAGUUGCACGAUGUGCGAGAUUCAUACCACAGCUCUCUUGAUUUAGGAACGGUCGAAGUCGCUAGGUCACAAGCAAAACCGUCAUCAAUGAAAACUAGUUUCGAUGUCGGAAUCUGUGAAAAGAGCAAACCGGAGACAGAAAUGUCUGAAACGAAUAGGCCGAACGUAUAUCACUCUAACAACUCGUUGUCAACAUUCUCUCAUCCGUCGUCUUUCUCAGAAAAAGCUGUCAAAUCCAGUCCUGGAAAUGAGAACAUACACAUGAAAGACGUGGCUCAUUUCUCGAGCAGUUCCACUGUGGUGGGCAAACCGCCACUACCGCCGUGUGGCACCGAACGAGUUGUGCUGCUGCAACGCAUAGCGGCAGAGUUGUGUCAGUGGCCGUGCUGCUCUCUGCGCGACGUCGCUGAGUCGACACCCGUAGCAGCUCAACCUCACGCCGAGAACUUGACCAACUGCAAAUAUGCCAGCAUCUUCAUGCCUUCUGAAGAUGAACGCCAACAAUUUCAGAAACUGCUGGUGAAGCUGCGGCUGCUGUACCGUCCCGUGUCCAGUCUAAUAGAAGAUGGAGGCGGUCUGCUGUUGAUGAGAUCCUCAGCUCUCGCCGCUAUGUUGCUCGACGAAGCGUGGAACGCCGUGCUCUGCCAUCCGGCCAUUAGAGUUUAUACCUACGAAAUGGGCGCUCGUCUCAUCAUGAGCAACCUAACCCCUCGCCUCUGCUCUGGUCAGCUUCUGCUGUUGCAUCACACGGCACUUCUUGACUCUAGAUUCGGGUGGAUGGUGAGCGACAUGUCGAGGGACGUCCUGGGACGACAGCCCGCAUACCAUCUCAUCCUUAUCUCCAAGGCCUCCUUGAGGCGAUGCAUUGCUUUAGCACUGAAGAGCCGACCUUCCAGCGCCCUCGAACGCAGUCUCUUCUCCGCGCUUCACCACAAUCUGCGGAUGCUCCGACGGGGCGUUGCUGGCGGGUUGGUGCGCGUCGUAAGCGAGCUGAGUGACGACGCUGCCAGUCUGCCACAGCUGCAUCGAACCUUACACUGCGUCCACAAGAAAGCUCUUCUUCUAACUGGCGCCCGUUAUGCCAAUGAAGCGGCAAUGCAAAAGCAGUUCUACCGCACCGUAACGCUUUCCACUUUAUGCCCGCCACUGGACUCCCGUGUUACACCUCCGUCGGUUACAUUGGAUCCGAUUCUCUCCUCUUCUUGGCCUCUUUUAUCAGAAAUCCCUGCUAUGUCGGCCUCCAGCGCCAACGCUUUGGCUUCAACAUCUUUGCAUCAAGGAUACUUCUCCUGUAGUAACAUAAAGGAAGCACCUCGCCUACAGAAAUAUAUGGCGUCAUCCAUGGAGCCUACGACAUCUACUGUUGGUGAUGCACGAACAGCAAUCGACUGUCAUGACACAGGAAUACCCUCAGGAUUUGACUGCCUUGCUCCGCACUUACAAUUUUCCAGUCAUCUACACAAAACUUUAGAAAGUUGUGCAUCUGAUCCUUCCUUAGUCACAAAAUUACAAUAUAGUGACAAUAGUCAUCUUCCGGCGCCGGAUCAAACAUUCUACCGUUCUCCUCAAUGUCUUCCAUAUCCAAUUCUUGACGAUGCUGCCUCUGGUUUUCCCGACUUUCAGUUACCAACCUCAUGCUACGGUUCAUCAGCGUUGCCCGCUACAAGAUGUACUGAAACCAAAAAAGUAUCGAUUCCGGCGAGCUUGGAAAAUUCAGAUCGUCCGAUCUCAACUUCUUUGUUUGCUGAUGCUAACGAAAAUAUAAUUUGCAAUGAAAAUUUGCACUCAAUGCCGUAUUCUUCUGCGACGACAUCAGCUGCAAUCCGCUCUUUUCAGCCCUCCAUCGUACUUCCAAAGGUGCCAGUGGUUGAGGAAACUUUGGCUGGGUGUCCUUCAGUGCAGAGCCCUAGCAUCACGUCCUGCAAGGUGAGCUCGCCAGGACCUCAGUCUUGCAGCUCUUCCACGGAGUUAGCCAACCGUAUCCCCGCUGCCUGCCACCCUGCAUCCAUCGAGAAAAGUGUACCUGUUGUAGAUUUGGUCUCUGUGCAAAGUAAAGAAGAGCCCACGGAAACCCCUCUUUUCAAAACAGAAUAUUUCAUAGAUCCACAAAAAAACGAGUUCUGUCGUGAUUCCAGUCAAUAUGCCAUGAAAGAAGAAAAAAAAGUUGAUGCUGAAACUAAUGAUGAUGAUAUAAAUCUUCGAUAAUUUAGUUAAUAAGCCAAAUUCAAACUGCUUCAAGUCAUUGAAAGCAAACGAUAUGUUUUGCCUCACGUUCGAGAAAAUACUUCUUUUCUCCUGCAUGAAUAGCUUGAUUUUAUUUAGCGCUCUUCACUAGGAUUAAUACGGUCAUUGCAACGUGCGAUGUAAACCAAGUUUGAAUUACAGUUGUGACUUGCUUCACAAAAAGGAGGUUAGCAAGACCGAUGCUUUUGUAUCGUAUUUUUUUCUAAAGAGGUGCAGCGUGAAGCUGCUCGUUGCACCGACAUGUCCUCGCCCACUGUAUUUUAAGUUGUGCUCAAUUAGGUCUUGGAGAUUUUCCUCUCGUAUGAAUCGUAUUCCGUUAUAAUUCGUCUAUUCACUUUGAUACUGAACAAUAUUUAUUUGGCAUGAAAUCCACCAAACAAAAUUAGGUACAAGCGCAUUGCUGCUAAACGAUUGGGAGAAGUUCUCUGCCGAUUCCCCCUCUCUUUUACCAGCAAUAGCUUCUAUUUUCCUUCACUUUUCGAUUGCAAGGCAAUAAAAAUUCUUACAAUUUUGGAGGUUUAUCAUCUGAGCACAGUGCAAGGAGGGUAUCUUACUACCUGUUUCUAGCUCUUAUCUGUUCUUCAGGCAGAGAGCUACUCUUUCAGUUACCGUCCGAUUUCAUCUGAGGUUAGCAAUAGUUACUCAUACAAAUUUAAUUACUACCGGCUAUUGUUUCCUUGGGGCUCUUUUAAAAGUAUUUUGAUUGCCUAGACGUUAUUGUGUUUAGAAUAACGGAAAAAGAUGAUUAUUUUUCACAUUUCAACAUAUUUCUCGUCAAUGCCACGAUUUAACUCCGUUCUGUAACACGCCGUUCAACUCCGUUCUGCAUUUCUUUGACGAGAACAAUAUCGCCUGAUGUGUUUCUGACUAUCUUCGUUCUCGUUCUAUACACAAGCUAUCCAUCUGGUUUCAAGGGCAGAUGUUUUGUACUUUUCACGUCAAUUCAUGAUGAAUAUUAUGAUCAAUGUUUUUGCCUGCCCACUAUUAGGAAACUUACUUCUCGAACUUUAAUUAUCAUCGCUCUAUUAUUCUGACUUAUCGAGUGCACUUCUUAUCUGUUCUUCCUUUAGUCAAUUUUUUUUGUGUGCAUUUAGAGCUUUGUUCUAUGCUACGCAAGCGUAAGAUAUCAUCGCGUUACUCCCUUGCACUUGCAUUGCCCAGCUGUCAAGUGUUGUGCAGACGAGAACAAAGAAUGAUGAGAUAUUUUUGCCGUCAUGAACGGACUGACGACAGCUUCAUCAUUAAUUGAUCUGCGAGCGUGUUUACGGUGAACGAUUUGAUGAACUCUGAGUGGAUUGUUAUUCGUGGUUGUGUUGUUGUGUGGGUAUAGUUUGCUCGAGCUUGAAAUGGAAUGCAUUCGUGUGAAGGUAAUUUCCACUGCUUCAAUUAUUUCAGUUUGAUUGGUUGAAAUAUUGUUGCGUUGUGGUUGUGUGACAGUAACAUAAACAGUCGCCACUAUUUCAGUUUGAUAAAUUAGAUAAUUGUUGCCAUGUUUUCGUAAUAAAGGAAAGCAAGCGCUAACAAAAAACACCUCGGGUGACUCGGUGAAUCUAAAGAGUUGGAGUAUUACCUAUUUUCUGUUGCAUUUUGAAGUUAUUUUCUGUUUUGUUGCUUCGUUUUUAAUUUUGAUAAUA